ACACACACACACACACACACACACACACACACACACACACACCUUCUGUAAUUUGGCUGUCAGCUUUCUGGUUUCUGAGUCUGAAAGCUUUAUGUUUCAGUGCACAGACACUCAGGUAACAUGUUUUGUGUAUUUUCCCCCCAGCUUUGUGUAAAGAAGUAAGAAAUAAAGUGAACGUUAUGUCUGUGUCUGUUUCGCUCUCUGUAUUAACACAAGGUCUGAAACUGUUUCAGGUCAAAAUGGUGGUGCUGCAGAGGAUUUUCGGACCCAAGAAAUGUACCGGGAAGCUGGAGGUGGUGUCACUGCUCAUCACGGCCACUCUGUGUUUGUUAGUAAUACUGCAAAUACACCUCCAGGGCAAGAAAUCACAAACCAUAAGACAAGACAAAGUCUUGAGAAAGCAGAUACCUGAACCACAGACAUGGCCGGACAUGUUCCUAAACUCAGUCCCCAAGUGUACGCUAAACUCAUCUGCCUCCAAGAAUCAAAACUUCUUAACUUUACCUAAGAUGAUCCAAGACUUCCUGCUUCACCAGCACUGUCGCCAUUUCCCCAUGCUCCUCAACAAUCCUGGGAAGUGCGGUGGACCAAAGAACUCCGCAGAUGUUUUCCUACUGUUGGUCAUUAAGAGUUCUCCACUCAACUAUGAUCGGCGUGAGGUUCUGCGUAAAACGUGGGCUUUGGAGCGGCUUCAUAGCGGUGUGUGGAUCCGCACCGUGUUCAUAUCUGGAACCACAGGAGACGGUUAUGAGAAGGAAAGACUGAAUAAACUCCUGGAGCUGGAGAACCGCGAGUACCAGGACAUUCUGCAGUGGGACUUUGAUGAUACCUUUUACAACCUCACACUGAAGCAGGUGUUAUUCCUGGAGUGGAUGGAGAGGUUUUGCCCAGAUGUGCACUUUCUCCUCAAUGGAGAUGAUGACGUUUUUGCCAACACAGACAAUAUGGUGCAGUACCUCAAGGGCUUAGAUGAUAAUGAUGGAAGCAAACAUCUUUUUACCGGCCACUUGAUUCAACAUGCCAGGCCGAUCCGGCACCCGGGCAGUAAAUACUACAUCCCCGUACAAGUCCAAGAAUCAGAAAGAUAUCCUCCCUACUGUGGCGGUGGUGGCUUCCUGCUGUCACAAUUCACUUCCAGAGUUAUCUACAACAUGUCUCACUCCAUCCCCCUGCUUCCCAUUGAUGAUGUUUACAUGGGAAUGUGUCUGGAAAAGGCUGGACUUCUACCCAGACAUCAUAUAGGAGUGAGGACAGCGGGCCUUGGGUACGUUCCCUCGGGUCAACAUGAGGCAUACAAUCCAUGCUACUACCGUGAGGUUCUCCUGGUCCACAGGUUCCUCCCAUACCAGAUCUAUAUUAUGUGGCAUGAAAUCCAUAGAGAAGAUUUGAAUUGUUCAAAGAGAACAGAAGGGAAUGAGAAUUCUGGGCUUUUCAAGCUUUAAACAGAGGACUGGGAGGACAGAUUUGUGAAAAUCUGGGAGGACUGGGAAAGACUGGGGGUGAGAGGGGGGACUGGGUGACAUACAGUGAGAAGCUUUUAAUUUAGAUGAUAGUGUAACAGCUGAGGCUGCCUCGCCUCCCAAAAAGGAAAAAAUGAGCAAACAUCGUAUUAAAAAGGACUGACUAGAAAUGACUUCAUUUGGGAUUGGUUGAGGUAAAUCAUUACAUCAGCCAAUCUACAUCUACACUCACACGAACGCUUUUAAACAGACUUUUAUUCUUUUAUUUUUCAGCUCACACUUUCUCAAACCCAUGAAUCACCAUGAGGUUGUGUAAGAUUGUGUGUAUGAGUGAUGGACAGGACAUGGACAUGGAUGAACAGAAGUUGAGGAAACUUUGAACUAUUUGUAGUUUUGCUGAAUAGAGCUGCAUUAAACAUGACACAGAAGAAUUAGUCAGGAAAGGAAUGAUAGACUGCUGUAACUGAGUACUGAAUAUUAAUGACCGCUGACAGCACAAGUCGAACACAAACAUGUCAGCGGGCCAUAUACGGCCUGUUGGGCUUUUUAAUCCGGCCCGCCGAACUCGUCCACGUUAUAUUAUUAAGUUAAAUUUUAUUAUAAAGACACCACAAUCAUUUUACCAAGCUGUAAUUCCCAUCUUUCCCCAGCAGAUGGUGCACCCUGAAGACAUUGACCCUUGAGUGUGAUGCAUUACGGUUAACGGUUACUUCAUUUUGUCGCUUUGCACUUUCAGCCGUUCAGUAAAAAUGAGCGGACCGAAGAAAAAAAAAGUAGACAGAGAGUGCCGAGUGUUCGAUAAAGAGUGGACAACAAAAUAUUUUUUCACUGAAGUCCGAUCAACAGCUGUAUGUCUCAUAUGCCAAGAAACUGUAGCAGAUUUUAAAGAAUACAUCAGCUGUCAUUUUACCACAAAACAUGCUAACUACGCUAGUAAACAGUCUCCACAAGAACGGGCGGCUACAGCUCAGAGAUUGACGGCUAAUUUACAGACUCAGCAAAAUCUUUUUCACAGACAAACUGCGAUUCAAGAGUCAAGUACUAAGGCAAGUUUUUUGCUGGCAUUCAAAUUAGCAAAGGCCAGUAAGCCUUUCUCCGAAGGCGAAUUUUUAAGGUUCAACCUAUGUGUGUGAACAGACAUUCAGCAUCAUGAACAUCAACAAAGCCCGUCACAGCUCCAAGUUAACUGACCAACACCUCGGAUCUAUCUUGAGAAUAGCCACAACAAAUAUAACGCCAUACAUUGACGCACUUGCAAAAAAAGGAGCCCAACAACACUGUUCCCACUGAAACUGAAUAGGAGUUUAUUACUACGUUAUUAAAUUAAUAAAUUUGUAAAACAAUUUUUACAAUAAACUAAGCACAAUGGUGUUUUGCUGCCUGUUAAAAGCUAAAUAUUUUCAUGUAAUGGUCUUUACAUUUAAUUUAUAUUAGUUCACACAAACACACCAAUCACCUAUUCUGGCCUGGCCCCUCUGUCAAAUUUUAAUAACCAUUGUGGCCCGCGAGUCAAAAAGUUUGCCCACCCCUGGUCUAAGGCUAACUGACAGGCUAAAUGACAUUCUUGUCUAAUCUAAUUAGCAGGUUUCAUCAUACAGAUUAAGGGUGUACAAAGAUUUGCAUUCAACUGUAUUUUGGUUUCUGGUUACCACACCUUAAUUGCAAAGCAGAAUAAUGUGUAGCGUAAAUCCCCAAAUGCACCAUCCUAAGGUAGGGCUACAAAAUGUAAAUAAUUUUUUAAUUAUUGCUUCAUGGUCUAAAUCUGCCAUCCUGCCUGGGUCACAUGACUGGGGUGAGGGUGCGUCUGUUUUCAGUGUGUAAAGUGUGUUAAACAUGAUGAUUUACUGUAAUCAGAGAAAUUUCUAAAGGGGGUUUCAGGACAGGAAUAAAACCAUGCUUAUAACGGCAAUGAAUUUAUAUUAUAUAAUUGUCUGUUAAGGAGAUAACAGACUGGAUGAGCUGUAAUUUUCUGUUGUUAAACUCUAAGACAGAAAUGUUACUUAUGGGUCCAUAAACCAGUACACAGAAGCUCUCACCCUUCAACUUCCAUUUAGAGGGAUGUUCUGUCACUAGUAGCUCGACAGUGUAAGACCUGGUGUUUAUUAGACAGCAACUUUUCUUUAAACUUAUAUCAUCAUAUUACAAAAAUAGGACACUGCUUCUCUCUUUCUACCAUCUCGAGGCAUCCAGAAACUGUACCAGCCCCAGUUGUGUUCCACUUCUUGAAGUUCAUGAACGUUUAAAGAGGAGAUACCAACUCCUUCAUUAGGGAUAAAAACAAACACAUUUAAAUAUAUCUAAUAUUAAUCUUGUAUUUUGUAUUCUAUUAAUCUUUA